AUGUCGGGAUUCGAGGAAAAGAACGUGGUCGUUAGCACCAGCGACGCCAUGCCAGAGAAGUCGAAUGGCAAAGUCCUCACGAUCAAUCGACCAUCCCCAAGCAGACAAACCUCUGCUCAACAACUAUCCACAAUCCACGAUGUCGACUCGACGCAUUCCCUUACCCCUCCCGGCACAGCCACCAAUGAGAAGACAAUCGAGACAACCUACACAAACGCAUUGACAGACCGCGACAUGUACAACACGGAUCUCGAAGCACAGGGCUUGACGGAACAGAAGACGCAAGUAUCUGUAUCGAAAACGGGUCUCCUCACCACCGCGUGCAGCAAGGUGGAUUCUGCGUGGCCUGGACGGACCCAUAUGAAGCAACAGAGGAAGGCUGCGAAGCUUCAGCGUUCUCGUUGUGGAUGCUGGGCUGGCCUGAAGAAGACGUACAAGGCCAUGAUCAUCGCUGCUAUCGUUCUCGCGAUCUUGGGCAUUGCUCUCGGAAUCGGCUUCGGAAUAUCGCAGAAGGUCGGAGGCACUAUCAAUGAUGGUAGCGGUGACCAUAAGGCUGUGCCCGGCAAGUGA